GACCAUCCCGCAGCAAGGGUGCCCAGUGUUUAUGCACACAAGCCUGCAGGUGAACACCUAGCCGCUCCCCAGCUAACCGGUUGCCUGCUUUCUUUCCUGGCAGCCAUGGCCAACGCUCAGGUUCCUUUCUCCUUUCCUCUGGCCCACUUCCUCAUCUUCGUCUUUGUGACUUCCACCAUCAUCCACCUCCAGCACAGAACAGUGAAGAUUCCACCUCUGUCAGAGAUGCCCCCAGGAGACGCAGCAGUCACAGAGAUGCCACGGGGUGGCCAGCUGCAGGGCAUGUUCACCAUCAAUUCCAUUGGCCGCCUGGGGAACCAGAUGGGCGAGUACGCCACGCUGUUCGCCCUGGCCAGGAUGAACGGAAGGCCCGCAUUCAUCCCCGCAUCCAUGCACAGCACCCUGGCGCCCAUCUUCAGGAUCAGCCUCCCGGUACUGCACAGCGACACUGACAGGAAGAUCCCGUGGCAGAACUACCACCUCAACGACUGGAUGGAGGAGCGGUACCGCCACAUCCCAGGACGCUAUGUGCGCCUCACUGGGUACCCGUGCUCCUGGACCUUCUACCACCACCUGCGCCCCGAGAUCCUGCAGGAGUUCACCCUGCAUGACCACGUGCGUGAGGAGGCCCAGGCUUUCCUGCGUGGCCUGCGGGUGAAUGGGAGCCAGCCGAGUACGUUUGUGGGUGUCCAUGUGCGCCGGGGGGACUAUGUGCAUGUCAUGCCCAAUGUGUGGAAGGGCGUGGUGGCUGACCGGGGUUACUUGGAACAGGCCCUGGACAGGUUCCGGGCACGUUAUCCAUCUCCAGUCUUCGUGGUCACAAGCAAUGGUAUGGCCUGGUGUAAGGAGAACAUCAAUGCCUCCCGAGGGGAUGUGGUGUUCGCUGGCAAUGGUAUCGAGGGUUCGCCAGCCAAGGACUUCGCACUCCUCACCCAGUGCAACCACACCGUCAUGACUAUUGGAACCUUCGGGAUUUGGGCUGCCUACCUGGCAGGUGGGGACACCAUCUACCUAGCCAACUACACCCUUCCAGAUUCUCCCUUCCUCAAAAUCUUUAAGCCAGAGGCAGCCUUCCUACCCGAGUGGGUGGGCAUCCCCGCAGACCUGUCCCCACUCCUUAAGCACUAACACAAGCCAGUCCUUGGUUCCCCUUCCAUCUCUAGGCAGGAGGAGCUAUGGGUUAGACUCACAGGAAGAGCCUUCUCUCUGGAAGAAGUGUGCCCAGGGCUGCAAACAAGAGAACAACUGAUGUGUUCAGCAAACACGUUUACAGGUUAGGCAUCACCAGCAUUCAUUAACUGACUAGCUCAGACACAUCCUCAGUGCCCAGUGCCCGCUAACCACCACAGUGCCGUCACCAUGUUUUAGCACAGCUUUCUUGUCGUGCCGGAAAGGCUGCCGCCUGAAGACAGCCACUUCCGGAGGCAUCAAGAGAAGGUUCACUGCCUCACUUGGGUCCUUUGCAGGGUGAGACAAACACACGCCUGGUCACUUUUUGUCACUAUACUGAAAUACCUGCAGCUGGCUUAUUAUAAAGGUCCAGUGAGUACCUCAUGGUGAUGGCAUUCCCGGGAUGGGCCAGUCAACAGUGUAUGGGAAGCGUGAGCAAGGAGAGGGACUGGACUUGUGCUUUUUAUAGCAACCACCUUUCAAGAACUGACUAGAAGUUACUGAGAACUGUUCACCCCUUUGAAGGUGGUGCCUUCA